AUGGGUAACCCUGACUUAUUUUUUGACCACACAAUUUUCCUUUUAAAUGAAUUUAAAGAAAAUGAAAUAUCUAAUAAUUUUACAAAUAUUAAAGAGAGAUAUGAAAGUAAGAUAUUAACCAUACUUGAAGAAGUAAAAAGAGAAAAAUGUUUCAGUGCAAAGGCACACGAUAAAGUAAACACACAUAAGGAGAUUUGCACGGAUGAGGAAGAUAACAAAAGUGGAACAGAUGGACGGAGUGGUGUAGGUGGUCGAAGUGGAACAGGUGAAGAUGCUACUACUGCGAAAGGUACGGAUAGUGCUGAUGAAGGGGAAAAGUUAGACCACAUAAAUAACAGGGAUGUGGAUAAUAAUAACGAAAAAUUUAUUUACAAAAGGAAAGCGUAUGAUGAUGAUGAUCAUACCACUCUACAUGAAGAAGAAAGUAAACAAACUUUGAAAAAGAAAAGAAAAACAGCGGUAAAGAAUUCGUUAAACGAGUUAAAGGAAAGCAGUACAUUUAUGUUCCCAUUUUCUGCAGCAUCUCAAGAAUGUAGCAAUAAUAAAAGUAGUACUAUUAAUAGUAGUAAUAAUAAUAUCAUUAAUAGUAGUGCAGGUAGUAUUUCCUUUAAUGAAUUCAUAAAAGUCGACGAUGAUUUGAAGUUUCUAAAUACAAAGGAUUUCUUUUUUAAUAUACUUAUAAAAGAGCAAUGUGACAUGAGAAAUAUGUUUAGUACUUUGAUGGACGAAAUUAAAAGUAAAAAGUAUAUGAAUAUUCAUAAAAAAGUGUAUAUAGAAUCCUUUAGAAGAAAUCUAAGCCUAAUUCAAGGAAACAAGGUAUAUGGUAAUAGUGGAAACAGUACUGUUGACACAAAUUGCACAGAUAGUGACACCGAAUGUACCAAUUACAGUAAUUACCUUUCUUUAAUGAAGUAUUACUUUGAUAAAUUGAAAAACAAUUUUUCUCUGUUCUAUUUCGAUCUUCUUUUGUCUAUAUUAAAAGGAGUUAUUAGUGUUGACUCCGGAAUAAAUUUCAUUGUGCACGACUUAUCAAAUAUACAUAAAAGAGGUUUACAAAAAUUGUUUGAUAUCCUUUUAGAAAAAGAAAAAAAAAAUGAAAAAGUAAGUAAACAAAGCAAGGAAGAAAUCAGUGUUUAUCCAAGAACAGUCGGAUAUCUUCCAUAUGUGAAGGAAGUACCAUUUAAAGAGAACUUAAAUUUAUCACAUAAAGGGGACAUAGAUUUACUAUUUAAAGAGAACGUAAAUUUACCAUUUAAAGAAAUUAUUUUAAAUAGUUUAGAUUAUUUAAUAGAAAUAAUAGACAAUGUAAAGGAACACAACAUGCAAUUAUAUGUUAAAUACAAAGAGAUAAUAAGCAAGUGCAUUAUUUGCUUAGAAAAGAAUAAUUUUAUUACCUAUAAAGAAGCAACUACGUACAUUGAAUGCAAGAAUUUUGACAAGCUUAACAUAUUUAAUAAAGAACUAAACAAGCUAGUGACGAAGAUGAAAACGAAAAAUAUGUACAGCAUAUCAGUGUAUAAUUUGCUCAGAGAAAAUGUAAACGGGUACUCCAAAAUAAUUUUUUUGCUGGAAAAGUUUUUCUCCCCAAGGAAGGUUGGAAGUUGCGUUAACCUAACUGGUAACAAUGCCACGAUCAGUGGUACUAACCAUGGCUCGAACAUUGGUACGAACAACAACAGUAGCAUUAAUAGUGGUAACAAAAAAAAAAAAAAGGACUGUCUAAGAAUUAAAAAAAAAAAAGUCAUCCAGAGGAUGUUCUCAAUAUACAAAAAGCACAAAAAAUACAAAAUACAUAGUGCAGUUAUUACUAAUCAUAACGAACAAACUAUUUUGCAUUGUACGGAUAGCAAAAAUUGUAGUAAUUAUUAUUGGACAAACGAGGAUUCGUCUUGCAGCCAUACUUCUAGCUUCUCAGGACCCAGUUUCUCUUCAUUAGCAUCCAUUUCCUCCGGCUUAAGGCGAAAUAAAAUUAGCAAAAAUAAAAAUAUAUCGAAUAGUACCCACGAGCUAGCUGUACGCAGUGACCAUAUCUAUAACAACGAAACCAAUAACAACAUUGACAAUAUUGACAGUUGUACUAUACGUCGGAAAACUAGGGGAGGGGGAAGGGUAAAAAUCAAAUCAUCAAAAAAUGUUCGUACAAAUAAAAACAAAAUUCAAUUUAACAUACCAAAAGUGAAAGAGAGGAAUGGAGAAGCCGAUUCUUUUGUUCCUGAUCCACAGAGCGAUACUGAGAUGAACAGUACUAAAAUUGGCAGUACUAAUAUGAGCAAUCGUAAAAGGGAUAGUAAGAAAUACAUAAAGAUGAUUAAGAAAAAAUGGAAGAGACACCUAAACUGCUACUACUGUAACGAUUUGAUAAAAUUAAAAAAAAAUAUAUUUACCAUUGCAGGUUUACAUAAUUUGUGUCCUCGUAGAAUUCUGUCUAUCCUCCUAUUUUAUUAUGAGCAAAAUGUUAAUAGUGAAAGACAGUUACUUCCUUUGUUUUAUUUAUACUCGAAGGAAAUUAUAACAGAUGUGAUACUCCUAGAAUUAAAGGUUAAGAAUUACUAUUUGAAAGAAGUGGAAAAAGAAGAAUUACACAAAUUAAAAAUUAUGAACAAACAUGAUAGUAUAGAAAAGAAUGAUGAUACUAGUAGUAGUGACUUCUGUACUUCUUUCUUUCUAAAUACGAAUCAUUUCUUUACUCCCAAUUAUUUUAAAAUGUGUUCUAUUCUAAUUCUAAAUGACUUGUUAAAUAUAAAUAGUUUUUAUGCAAGUAUGUUACCAAAUGAUCAUUUACUAAAAAAUGCAUUUACAGAAUUGUAUAAAAAAUUUUAUGAUGAUUAUGAAAAUUCGCAUUCAGAAAAAAUUAAUCCUUUUUUUUAUUUUUACAUUCCUUGUAAUAUAAACAAUUUGUAUACUUUAUAUGCUAAAGUGAACAAGUGUAUGGCAGGAAGUGGUAUCUGUGAUAAAUCUAGAGGAAACCAUUCGGAGUAUAAUAGCACUACCCCCAAUUCUAAUGUGAACAGUACUGGUGGGAAGAGUGCGGAAGUAUCUAUUGAAAAGAGUGCAGAGAAUAAUAAUAUAGUAAAUAAUUCCCCCAUAGGUAAUACUGCAAUAAAUAGCACUACAUUGUAUAACUCAACAUCGAAUAACUCUGCAGUGAGUAAUGGCACUGUGAAUAAUCCCAGUAGGAGUGGAAAUAGAAUUAACCUGUCCGAUGAGAAGGUAAAUAUAAAUGAAAUCAGCAACAUGAAAAAUAGCAUGUACGAAGGAAGUACUAGCAACAACAAUGAUAACUAUAACAACAGCAGUAUCAACAGAAAUGGCAGUAGGAACAAUAAUAAUAAUAGUAAUAAUAGCGGCCGUAUUGAUAGUCACGUCAGUGGAAGUGGUGGAGGAAGUUAUGCUAAGUAUACCUCCUUGAAUAAAUGCAAAAUUUUAGGAAAAAUUUUAGAAGAAUGUAACCCUUUUCAUGUACUUGAUCAUAUUAUAAAUUUCCUCUUAAAUACAAAAAAUCAAGACUUAAAAAAAAAAUAUGAACACAUGGUAGAUUUAAAUAAUAAGGAUGCCUUGGAGUAUUAUUUACUAGACAUGCUAAACAACAAAACAAAUGGCAACGAAAACUUUAUAGAAAAUUUUAUUGAAAGAGAAAUAAAAGUAAGAACCGACUUAAGUAGUUCUCCCUAUUGUUCCAACAUAAAUCCAUACAAUUAUUUAUUCUUAGAGGACGAUCACUACUUCCUUAUUCUUUGUAGAAUUUUUUUUAUGAACAACCCCAAAUUUUUAUUCUUGUCUUCACUUAUUGAUUUAAAUGCAUGGACUUGUGUACAAACUAUUUCACAUCAUAUGGCUACUUAUACUUGUAACCCUUUCUUGAACUAUUUUGUUAAUUCGUCUCUAUCAAGAUUGAUAGAUCAUACCAUUUCCUCUUUUGAAAGGGUCUACGUGGGAGGUGGCCUCCAUAAAAGCUCAACAGGGGAAAGGAAAAAGGAUACAAAGCAGAACCAUAUGGACUUGAAGAAUAGUCAAAACAAAACGAACGAAAUGCAAAGUGACUCUAUAGAACCAUUAAUUCACAAUGGGGCAACAAUACCAAAUAGGGAGAGACAAACGAUGAGAGGAGAGGAGAAAGAAGAGAAACAGGAGGAGGAUGUGGGUGCAUGCUUUUUUUGUAAUAUUAACAUAAAUGCUCAUAAAUUGUGCGGAUAUGAGUGUAUUAAGGUUAUAAAUAGAAACAAAACGUACCUUCAAAAUUUAUUCAAAAAUGAAACUAAAAUUGAAAUGAAAAAGAAAAAAAUUAAACAAGUAAUGAAACAGUUAAAGAGAUAUAACAUAACACAAAAUGUUGAAGAGAAAAUACAAUUUUAUGAGGACUUCACAAAAAUAAAAAGUGCAUUUAUUACAAAAAAAUUAAAAAAUUCCCCUAUAUUGAAGAAAUGUAAUAGUUGGAUACUUGAAUGUCUUUUACUAUGUUCUGAUGCCCCUUCCUCUGAUGAUUCCUCAGUCGUAUCAUAUGAUGACAUAAAUGAUAAUAUAGAAAAGGGAGGAGGAGGGGAUCGGAAGCAUUUGAUAAAUAACUCAUCACAAGUGGAUAAUGUGACAAAUGACGAAAAAUUGCAAAUAAAUUUUGAAUCUUUUUUAAACUACUUCUCGUCAAACAGAGAAAACAACAAUUACAUAAAAAAAGUAAGAACCAUAGAAGAAUUUUUUGAAAAAAUAUUUCAUUUUUUAAAAUAUUUAGGUUACUUUGGCUACAUAUAUAAAUCAUUUCUAAGAAAAAUACUGAACAUUGUAUUGGUAUAUGUAAAAAGAAUAAGAAAAGGGACUAACGAAUUUCACAAAAAUUUUGAUAAGCUGUUCAUAAAAUUUUUUUUUUUCUGUCUAGUUAAUGAUGAUGAAGAUAACAAUAAAAAUGUUAUAGCGGAUGACCUGUGGAACAUCCUGAAUUUAAUCCCCGUUUCCAAAAGAUACAAAAUUUAUUUCAAUUUUUUUAAUAAGUUAGAAAAAUAUAAAAAGAGCGUUUCGAAGUUAAAAAAUGUAGCUGCAUAUAGGAAUGAGGAGAUAAUCAAAAGGGAGGAUAAAAACGAGCAGAAUAAAGAGAAGAAUAACGGGAGGAAUAGCGAUAGGAGAAACGAUAAGAACGAGAAAAAUGAUAAUCAGGACUCAGUUGGCGAAAAGAAAACAAGCGCAAAUACAAUAACAAGUGACAAAAAAUGCCUUUCGAGUGGGACAUUGAUUAAGGAACAAGUUCAUAAUAAUAGUAGUAAGAAUUACCCACAUGUUACUACUUCAAAAUAUAUUACCCAAAAUGGCUGCUCAGCAAUCCUUUUAUCAAAUAUGAAUUUUGAGUUAAUAAAAAACAAACUGAGAAAAAUUAUAAAAAGAAUAACAUCGGAUAUAUUGAAAGAUAGAUAUAAUAAUAAAGUACAAAAUAUGCUCAUGCAAUUUACCAAAUUGAUUAAUAGAAAUCCAUUUAUAUCCGCUGAUGUUAUUUUACAACAGUGUGAAUUAUUCGACAAUAAUAUGAUAAUAACUUUAUCUGAAUCUAUUAAGAAUAUCCAUAAUUUUUCUAGUGAUAUAUUUCUUUAUAAAAUUGUGGAAAGACAACAGUUGUUGAAUGUUCAGAACUAUCAAUUAAGUAAACAGUAUAGUAUGAAUAGUUCAGAUCUUUUUGAUGAUUCUAUAUUUAAACCAAAAAAGUUAAUUAAUUUGUCACUAGUUAGCGCAAAAUUUCUAUCCAAACAUCCUUAUACUGAUUUUUAUCCUCUUAUUAUUUCCAUUUUGAAAAGAAUAUUUUCCGAAUUCCAUACAUCAGAUGAGCUUUUUCUCAGGGAUAGGACGACGGGGUGUUUACUUAGUUGUUCCCCAACCACUACUACCAAUAUGUGUGUGAAUAUCGCUACAACGGACUAUAGAAUGAAUACAAUAUAUGAUGACUUUAACAGUCAACAAACUAGUACCUCCACGAGGAACAAAUCCAUUACCUUCAAUAAUGAGGAGAAAACGGAAAAAAAUGCUGUACAAGGGGAGGGGGAGGGAAAUUGCACUGAAAAAAUGGGUGCGCACAGGCAGUCGGGAGAAAACUGUAAGGACAACGCUGCACAUGAGGUGAACAAGGAGGAGGUAGAAAUGUAUAAUGAUAAGGGCAAGAAUGAUUCCUAUACACGUCCAUCAAAUAGUUAUCCGUCGAAUAGUUAUUCAUCUAAUGAUUAUCAAGCGAAUGGUUAUCUGCCUCAUAAUAACACAAACGAAUUUAAAGUAACUAUAUUAAAGGCACUAAAUAAAACAUACCCAGAUGUUAUGAGUGGGUAUAUAUUCGAUCUAGACUACAUUGAGAAAUUAAUAGAAAUAUAUGGAGGAACAAAUGCAUCAGUGAAUGUACAAGAACUAAAUGACGAUCAACUGAAUGCUCAGUGUGGAAUGAAAAUAUUAAAAGAAGAAAUUAUGAUUUUGGAGGAUGACUUAAAUUUAAAAAUUAAUAACAUAGAAUAUGAACAUUUAGAAAAAAUAGAAUUAGAAGAAGACAAGUUAAGGAAAUCUUGUGCUGAAAAUGCAUUCAAAACGUUGUCAAAUCCAAAUAUUAUUUAUUUAAUUUUUUUUAUUUUAUCAAAAUUAAAACAUGAAUAUUUGUUUGACAGUAAAACUAAUAAUUUAAGAAAUUUAUCGUCUCUUGUGGACAAAAUACAUGGUGUAUUAUUACAGUUCAUUGAUUUCUUGCAGAGUAAUUCCGAUCCAUAUAUAUACUUAGCUCUUAUUCCAAGUAUUAACGAAAUAUUUCAAUUUUUCGACAUAUCUCAGUCAUUUCAUAUUAUCCGUUUUUCUUUUCCCUUUUUUCAUAAAAAGGAAAAAGGAAGAGAAGAACAAUUUGUGAACAACAGUCUAUCUGAUAAAACGAACAAACAAACAAUUAAAUUUUCUAAUAGCGACAAAGGAAUUAACUCAACGAACAAAUACAGUUCGUUUUCUCGUAAAGAUAUUAGUGCAUCCAAGUCACAGGAAAAAGGUAACAUAGACAAAAUGGCACAAGGAAGAAGCGAAAAUUCAAAAGAAAAAAGAAACAGAGGCGUCGAGGGUGCAGAAGAGGACAAUGAUGAAGAUAAUAACAACUUUCAUAGUAGUAACUCAAAUGAAGAUAUUGUAAAACAAAAAAAAAAAAAAAAAAAAAAUGAACAUGAAUAUGAAUAUGAGCAUGAACGUAACUACGAAUAUGAAUACGACCCAAACUUUGAUCGCACGAAUGAGCUCAAGUGGAGAAAAUUAUUAAUGCCCAUUAUUCAGAAAUAUAUAAAUAUUGAAAAUUUAAAUGGUAUAAAUAUCGAUUUUUAUUUGGCAUACUGGAGAUUAAGUAUAACUGAUAUAUACGUUCCACAUAAACAAUAUCUGAAUGUUUUAGAAAAAUAUGACUUGUACAUAAAAAAAUUGGAAAAAUUUGCAGAAGAAAAUAAAAAAAAUGAUGAAUAUAAAUGGAUAUUUAAAAAAAUCAAAAAAUUACGAUUAAAAAGAACAAAUAUGAAAAACGAAUAUGACUAUCAUAUAAGUCACACACAAAAUAUAAAAAAAAUUUUAUCUCAUAUAGUAGAACAUUGGGUUAAUCCUAAAGAAAUGGAUUUAAGCACUUUUACUGCUUUUGUGAAAUGUUUAAUUGCACCAAGAAUAUUAAAUAGUGAAAAAGAUUCUUUAUUCUGUUCAAAAUUUAUACAAGUGUUACUUGAAUUUCAUACACCAUUAUUUAAUUUUUGUGCAUUAGUAUAUGUAUUGACAAAAAUGUUAAUACCACUUAUUAAUACAUGUACAGAAAAAGAAGCGUUAAAUAUAGGAAUAUUUUUUAAUGAUUUGUUUACCUAUUUAUAUGCAUUAUGUGAUGAUGUAAAACAUUUCAACAGCAUUUCAGAUAAAAAUCCUUGCUUCAGUUACACACUUAAUUUUCAAUCAAAAGGUACAAUUGAUCAUACAUGCAUAAUUGAAAAAGUGUUCAAAUGGGAAAAAAUUCUUCUUUCACUACUUUUUGAAAAUAACAAUUAUGAAAAGUCUUGGAUUAAUUCAAAAUCCGUUGUCAUUUUUUUAUUUCGAUUCCUUAACUGCUUUCCUUAUACCUCCAAAAUUAAAAGCUCGAUAAAAAAACAUUUACAAAAUUUACAAAACUUUGCGCAAAAUCAAGGAUGGAAGGACAUUGUCAUAUCAAUUAACAGCCUAAAAACUAUGAUGGAAAGGAACAAAAAACCUGUGAUAAAUGAAAAAAAAGGGGAAGCCGAAGUGAAAAAUAAUGAAAAUAAAGCGAGUUCAUUCAAGGCAAACGCACCCGUCGUUAGCACAGAUAGCAAUGUAACAAUGAAUCCCUUCAAUACAUCAAAUCCUGUUCAUAUGAAUUCUAAAACUCCGUUUGUGCCAAUUUCUAAAAAUAUAUACAAUCCAAACAUGUUUCCCGUUGUACAGAAUUCUGCUAAUAUACAUUCCAAGACGUACAUGAAGGAUAGUAACUAUAACAAGAUUCCCCCACCACAGGAACCGAAUAAAAUAAUGCCAAUUGCAGCAAGAAAUACACAUAUCGUAAAUAGUACUAAAGAUAGCAAUAGCAAAAGAAGAGAUGUUUUCAACACCAAUAUGAGAAAAAGUAUAGAUUCUUUGCCAAAUUCACAAAAUACAUUUGUUCAAAUGAAUGACAAAAAUAUGAUUAGUAAAAAAUUAAGAAUGAACAAUCGUAAUUUCAAAAAUGACAAUUUAAAUUAUACUAUACCGCAAAACUUUGUUAAUGUGCCUUCGUACAUACCACCACCAUUUAACGAUAUUUCUCAAAAUAAAGUAUUUCCAUACAUAAACAAUCACAUGAAAAAUAAUAGAACCUCAAACAACUUUUACAGGAGAUGA